UCCCGUCAGCAGGCUAUCCCAGAUGUCCUCUCCUGCAGAAGAGCUGGUCAGAGAGUGGGAGAGCGAGCAGGCUCGUCUCCGGCUGCAGCUGGUGGAGGAGGACACUGAGGACUGGCAGAGAAGUCCAGACUUCUCUGGCCUGGACAGAGUCGGAGGGGUGGACCUGUCCUUCAUUAAAGGGGACGAUGUGAACGCCUGCGCUCAGCUGGUGGUGCUCAGCUUCCCCGACCUGCAGCUGCUGCAUGAGGACAGUCAGAUGGUGACCCUGACGGCCCCCUACGUAGCUGGCUUCCUGGCUUUUAGAGAGACCCCCUUCCUCCUGGAGGCCCUGCAGCGGCUGGAGAGGAACCAGCCCCAACUAAUGCCUCAGGUGGUGUUUGUGGACGGGAAUGGAGUCUUCCACUACAGAGAGUUUGGCCUGGCGUGUCAUCUGGGAGUGCUGUCGGGUCUGCCGUGUGUGGGCGUGGCCAAAAACCUGCUGCAGGUGCAGGGCGUAAACAACAGUGAGGAGCACCAGUCACAGAUAGCUGCUCUGCAGAAAGGAGGAGACAGCUUCCCACUCACAGCCGCCUCGGGCAAAGUGCUUGGAAAGGCACUGCGAAGCUCCGACGAGAGCUCUAAGCCGGUCUACGUGUCUGUUGGCCACAAGAUAAGUGUGGACACAGCUGUACGCCUCACACACUCCUGCUGCCGUUACCGGGUCCCAGAGCCCAUCAGACAGGCCGACAUUCGCUCCAGGGAAUACCUUCGCACAAACUUCCCAGCGGUAGAAACGUCAAACAAGGAAUGAGAGUGUUGCUUCUUUCUGGGAGCUGCUUGUGAUGGAGAUAACGGUUGUCUUCCUGGAGCUACUGCCACCGCUGUGUUUCUUACUGACUAAUUCACUGAGACUGUAACUUCUAUGCUGUAUCUAUUGACUCUGUGCUCCGGCUAAUUCAACUUCUUCAUCCUCUCCUGUGGCUCACUGAAGGCUACAGUGACUCACUAUCGCCUCUCAGGCCAGGAUGUAUUAUUACAGAAGGGACAGCCUUACCCUGGCUGCUUAGCAGUGAAUAUCUCUGCAAUUCAAUAUAUAGGCAUCCUGGACAUAACGUCAAAGGUGUUUCUUCUCCACAAUCUGUUGAUAGGUUAGUUCAUUUUUUGAAUGUUGUAAAGUAAAGUUAUGUCCAGAUCUAACAAAAUGCACCUUUAAAACCUAUGUUGUAAAGAGUAU